UAAAAUCCUCCUCCCGUACCAUUGCCUUUACUUGGUUCACUUCCUGCCCUCGCCUUUUUGUGACAGCCGCAGAUCACAAGUGAAACUGAUCCACGGCCCCACACCAGAGCAGUGCACUGACUUGUCGCUCCGAGUUUGUGGCCCAAACUGAUUGCUCUUUGGGCCGUUGUGAGAGGAAGUGGAACCAGCAGGUUCGGCGGACGGAAGGGAAUUCCAGCCCUAGUUGAGUUCCAGCAAGGAGUCUGCCGAAGAUGGGAAAGUCACUAGUGCUUAUCCCGAUACUUCUGGCUUUCCACUCCGUCUGUAGCCAGCUCGAGUAUUCUUUCGAAGAAAUAAAUUCUUUCAAGAAAUGGAUGAUAACGCACAACAAAGACUACAGCAAUGAGGACUAUACCUACAGGAUGCACACUUUCAUCCAGAACAAGAGAAAGAUUGAUGCUCACAACAGUGGCGAACACUCCUUUCAGAUGGGUCUCAACCAAUUUUCUGACAUGACCUUCAGUGAGUUUAAGGAACUAUACUUGAUGAAAGAACCACAGAACUGUUCAGCUACACAGGGGAACCAUUACAUGAAAGACGGUCCAUUACCCAAGUUCAUAGAUUGGAGAAAGAAAGGAAAUUAUGUCACGCCCGUGAAAAAUCAGGGUGCAUGUGGGAGCUGUUGGACAUUUUCCACUACGGGGUGCUUGGAAUCUGCAAUUGCAAUAAAGUCCAAUCAUCUUCUUACACUGGCAGAACAACAGCUCAUAGACUGUGCUCAGAACUUUAACAACCAUGGCUGCUCAGGGGGACUGCCAAGUCAAGCAUUUGAAUACAUAAAGUACAACCAUGGUUUAGAAACGGAGAAGGAUUAUCCUUAUGAAGGAAGGAAUGCAACUUGCAGGUUCCAGCCCAGCAAAGCCGCUGCGUUUGUCAAAGAUGUGGUCAAUAUAACAGAGUACGAUGAAAAUGCCAUGGUAGAUGCUGUGGGAAGAAUCAACCCUGUCAGUUUUGCUUUUCAAGUGACUGACGAUUUUGUCAAUUACGACUCAGGCAUUUAUUCCAACAAACACUGCGCUUCGACCCCAGACAAAGUGAACCACGCCGUGUUAGCAGUGGGCUAUGGAGAGGACAAAGGGACAAAGUACUGGAUCGUGAAGAACUCCUGGGGUCCUCAAUGGGGAAUUGAUGGCUAUUUCUACAUUGAACGAGGGAAGAACAUGUGUGGAUUGGCUGCAUGUGCAUCCUAUCCCAUCCCCAAGCUCUGACGUGAUGAAUGGUCCAGCUGCAGCUGAAUCCCAAGCAGACAUCGAAUCUUAAACUGAAGGGCUGAUUACUGCUUAGCAAUAUAUUAAAUAUGAAUCUUUUGUUUUCAAUCAUUUCAGUAUAACUUACACUUAAGUAAAAAUGACUGUUCAUACUUCUUCAGAUUGAAAUACUCUUGUGAGUACACAAAAUAAUCCCUAACAUCCAAAUUUUAAAUUUACUCUGCAUGAAAUUAAAUACACAUUUAACAAAAUGGA